UUGUCUUUGUGCUUACAGAGAAUGACAGUUCUAUAAGCAAGUAGUAUGCAAGUAUGUACGAGUACUUAUUCCACUGUCAGAUAAUCCACGUGAUGAUCAAAAAUUUAUGGUUACUUUUUUGAUUUUUCUGUUUCAUUCUAUCGAGUGUAAUUUAAAAUAUUCUGAUUAUCUUCUUUUUCACUAAUGUCAUGACUACAUAUCAUGGAUAAUAAAGGAAAACCGAUUGGUAAAAAUAUAUGUAUUAAUUGAAGACAUCUAAUGCAAAGUGAUUUUCCUAUUACGCGGAAUAACUUAUUCACUGUAAGAAUUUUUUUGAAUGAUUAGGAAUGCCAUAAGUAACGUGUCAACCUACUAUUAUUUGACAUAUUAUAUUUAAAUACUUUUUGCAACGAUUAACUAUUAGUAAAUUCUAAAAUUACGUCGUACAUUUCAUUCGGAAAAAUACCAUUAAUGGAAUCGUAUUUACUAUUAUCAGAAAUUGGAUAGGAAUGUUUAUUAAAUGAUCUCAUAAUUAGCGCAACUAAUAUUAACGACGCAAUGGAAAAAUUUGCUAUUGAUUUGGAUAAAGUUUUGGAUGAUUUCGAAUUUAACGAAGAUUGUGCAGAACAAAUAGCAUCCGUUAGUCCUGCAACAAAUAAUGCAUCAUCUUCUUCAGUUAAAUGUAAUUUAGAACCUUCAAAUUUAAAAACUUAUAAUUAUCUUCUUAUAGAAUCUAAAAAAACCAAUAAAGAAUUUGAUAUUAUAUUACCUUUAGAAAGACAUAAAGAUUUACAACAAAUUAAUACAAAAAGUAAAUGUAUUAGUGAAGAAGAUUCAAUUUCUGAAAAUCUCACUUAUAGUACAGAAGAAUCAACAAUAAAAAAUACAGAUGUAAAUCAGUUUUAUACACAAGAAUGCACAAAUGAUAAUAAUGUGAUACAAAAACAAUCUGUUCCAUCUUAUGAUUCUGAACAGGUUUCUCUGGCAAUAUAUAAUGAUAUAUCACAAAAAACAAGCAUAAUACAAAAACAAAAUAGCAGUAGCAGUCUAAAGAUUGACAAUGAAUAUGAUAAGAAAUUGAACCAAUUUAAUUUGAAGCCUAGUGUUAGUAAUGUUUUCAGUAGUCUGAAUGAAUAUAUUAAUGCUCCCCCUGGAAGUUCAGAUUGUAUUAAUUCUGUAUUAGAUAAUUCAGAUACACAAUCUGAUUCAGAAUCUAAAACUAUUUAUCACAUCAAUGAGAUACCUCAUUUAAUUCAAAUUAAUACUAAAGAUAAUGAUAAAAGCAUAGCACUUAGAACAAUUAACAUAACUAAUUCAACUACAGAACCAUCUAUUUCAAAUCAGGAUGUUAUGAUACCUAUAACUUUAGAGUUACCUAUCACAUAUGAAUCUAAUAUUAAAGAAGAUGUAAAAAAUGUCCAUCUAACAAAUUUGGAAUCAGAAAGUGAAAUAGAAUUUUCUAAAGAUGUUAUAAUAAAUAAAGCUUGCACUGAAUUAAGUAAAAAUGUAGAAAUUGAAAAUGAGGAAUCUGAUAGGAUGAAUCAUGAAAAUAAUUCUAUGCCUGAAUGUACUUACAUCCAAAAUGAUUAUUAUGAAAAUGAAUCUACAACCAAAUUAGUGACUAACCAAGAUAGUGAAACAAAAUUAAGCAUGGAAAAUAUUGAUACAAUUAAUGAACAUGGGAACAGUUUAAAUUUAGCACAUAAAUCAAUUGGAUUUAGUAACAUUGAUGAUUUAUCAGAAGAAGAAUUGACCAAAUAUUUAGCUGAAUUAGAAGAGGAGGAGAAAUUAAGAGAAAGCUAUAAUAAACAUGAAAAUAUUAUUACUAGAACACAGAAUGAUUCUCAAAAAGAUGAGAAUAAGCAAAAUGUUGAAAUUUCUACAAAUAUUUCUAUAAAAUCUUUUAACAUGAUAGAAUCUGAAUCCAAUGAAAAAGAAAAUAUUUCAAUAACUGAUUGUAAGAAAGAGGAAACAAAUAAAGAAUUAUUAAAUAAUAUAUUACAGAAACAAAAUGUACAACAUGAUGAUCAAUUAAAUAAAGAUAUACACAAAGAUAUUUUAAAUAAUCCAAAUAAUAAAGAAAUAAAAUUAUUACAUACAGCUAAUGUAAUUAAAGAUGACAAGGUAAUAUUAGAAAAUGAAUGUGUGCCUGUAAAAAAUAUUAAGGAUAAUCAAGAACAUUCUAUAUACAGUUUAAAUAUUAAUCAGGGAUCAUUAAGUAAUGAUAAAACCGAAAUACAAUUAAAAGAGCAGAAAGGAAAUUCUACACAGUAUAGCCAAGCAUGUGAAUUGAAGACAUCAAAUGAUUUUGAUAAUAUUUCUGAAGAAAAAGUGACACCUGAGGUAAAUGUAUUAAUUGAUAAAACAUCUACAUCUUUGGAAGUUUAUACAAAACCAAAUAUAAGUGAUAUUAACAAUGAAUCAGAAAAACCAAUACGUCCACAAACAUUGGAUAUUGUUUUAACAAAUAAUAGUAAUGAACAUCAAGCACUUGAUUCUACAAGUGAUACUCCAUCCUAUCAAGUACAAUCAGAUAUUGAUGGUACAAAGGAAGAUCAAGGAUCUUCACCAGAUAUUGUAGAAAAUUCUGUACCAGAAUCUGGUCCUGUUUUGGGAAAACAACCACCGUUUUGGGUUCCUGAUAGUGAUGCACCUAGUUGUAUGCUAUGUGAUGUUAAGUUUACUGUACUCAAAAGACGACAUCACUGUCGUGCAUGUGGAAAAGUGUUGUGUAAUAAAUGUUGUAAUAUGAAAUAUAAAUUAGAAUAUCAAGGAAAUAUUGAUUCGCGUGUUUGCGUUUCAUGUUAUCAACUUCUUACUAAAGCUGAAACAGAACGAGGUAUGGGAGAAUGGUCUUCUGGUUAUUCUACAUGUGUAAAUAAUAAUGAUAUCAAUUCACCCCAGGGGAGACAGCCUAAUCCAAAUAAUCCCAUGGAGUACUGUUCAACUAUACCACCCUUGCAACAGUUAGCUGGCGGAUUACCUCCACCUCCUACAGUUAUGGUACCAGUUGGAGUCCUUAAAAGGGAAGAUGGUACAAAAAAUCGGCCUGAAAUUUCAAAAUCUGUUAUGUUUAGUGAUGGAAUAAGGCCUGGCUGUGACCUGACAGAACUAGACAUGUCGUGGGAUAUGAAACCACCAUACCGGAAAUCUGGAAGCAAAAGGAUACCUACACCUGGUUCAUCUAUGCCAAGUACUUCUGUCAAAAAACAAAAUCUACCACGUUUGGAUCCAAAUACUGAAAGCUAUGUGCCACAAGAUCCUAAUGCCCUUCCGCCAACUGUAACAAUACAUAAAGGACAGGUGUCAUACCAUGCUGUAACGAAUGAGAAUCUUCUCUACAAAACAUUGAAAAAUGAAUGUGAACCACCUGUUAUGUUUGCUAUUAAUAGAAAUCUCUAUGCUUAUGUCAAAAUAUUGACUUUAAAUUGUUGUGUUAAUAAAACGUGUUGGAAUGUAACAUCAAAAGGAUUGGAUUGUGUCGGACAAGACGAAGUUAUAUUAUUGAUUGAAGUACUGCCUGAUGAAACCCGAGUUCCUAAAGAUCUACUUCUUUUCAUUAACCAGUUACAUCUCGAAGCUAUGAAAGGGAAUACUGUGUCCGAAUUGGGAUUUUCAAUAUACCAAGGAGGAAAUUUUUUGGAUUCUCGAGAACAUGCAGGAUUUCUGUUUAUUCGACAAACAUUGCAAUGCUUACAAAAAAUUAUAUUACCUCCUGCUCCAUUUCUAAUUGGUCUUCUAGUUCACAGAUGGGAAACACCAUGGGCGAAAGUAUUUCCGUUACGUCUUAUUUUACGACUUGGAGCAGAAUAUCGUUAUUAUCCUUGUCCAUUAUUCUCAGUUCGGUUUCGAGACGCGUUAUAUUUCGAGAUAGGACAUACUGUUAUGAAAGUUUUAGCAGAUUUUAGAAAUUUUGCAUACACAUUACCAGGUGUAAGAGGACUAAUAAUUCACUUAAAAAAUAGAAUGACGGAUGUAAUGUUUCCAAGAAAUCGAUAUGAUCAAGUGAUUAAAGGUUUAAAUAAUUCAAAUGAUCAUGUAUUAGCAUAUGCUUCAAAUUUUAGCAUUGAUGCCGACUCACAUUUAGUUUGUAUACAAACUAACACUGGUGAUGAAAGUAGUUAUCAAACACAAGCAAUAAGUAUCAAUAAUAAUCCAAGGACAAUAACAGGCACCAGCUUUAUUGUUAUUAAUGGAGCAUUGAAAUCAUCAAUGGGUCUCUCUGCGAAAUCUAGUAUAGUUGAAGAUGGAUUGAUGGUAGAAAUAAUGCCAGAAAAAAUGGAAGCUUUAAAGGCGGCUUUAAAAAAUAUGCAAGAUUUUUCUAUUGGAUGUGGUCGACAAGGAGCACCUGAACCUGAUGAAACAGUGAAUAUAAAAUGGGUCGAUAAUGACGUGCAAUUUAAUUUAGGAGUUAAAAGUCCUAUAGACGGACAACCGAUGGAUGGUAUUCCUUCAAUUAGAGUACAUAAUGGUAUUGAUUAUAAGGGAACAAGUAGAUUUAUUCGGUGGACAGAAGUAUUUAUUAUUAAUUCUGAUGAUCAUCCGAAUGGCGUUUAUGAUCCAGUCGAUAUAAAUAAAUUAUCAGGAAAUAUAGCAAAAGCAACGUGUACAGCUUUAGUGAAACUAUUGGAUCUAUUAGCCAAUGCUGGUUUAACAAAACUUGGUGUAAGAACAACUAUUCAUCCCGAUAAUGUGGGUUAUGAAGCUGGUAGUGAAGGUAUGAAAUUGCCUCCAAUCUACAUGAACAGUUUGGACAACGAAUUAAUUCAAGUCCUGCAUAAAGCAGCACAAAGCAGUCAAGACACACAUACUGUGCUUGAAUUAAUUUUUUACAUACUCGACGAUUGAAAUCUUGUUCUGUUCAUUCUUGUUACGAUUUUAUUAAAAUAACAUUAUAGAAAUAUAAAGGUCGCGAUGUUUGUACACACCCGAAAUGUACAAUUAAAGACUCGUGGAAUCACUGAUAAAUAGAACUUUUAAAGAAAAAAUAUUUUUUAUCCGAGUACUAAUCACCUAUAUAAAUAAUGAAAUA